UGAAUGUUGACUAGAGCAGUUGUGUAUUAUCAGAAUAUUUAAAAAAAAACUAGUGUUGCGUACUCUAUAUUUACUGUGAUCGAGGACCUAUAAAUUAAAAAAAAAACUGUUGUAGUAAAUAUGCAGUGCAAUUGUGACCAUCUCUUGGACAGUUCCAAGGACCACUACUCCAACUGUAGUCUCGCGUGGGAUGAACGCAAGAUUGGCUAUCCAUGUCCGAAGAACCGUGACGGCACACUAAGUUUGCGCAAUCCGCACCUGCGACACCUGGAGCGUGACUUCAUCUACCACCUGGGCCUGGACACCAGCGCCGACGUGCCCGCCAUGUUCGGAGACGUCAAGUUUGUCUGCAUGGGCGGCACCAAGCAUCGCAUGCGUGAGUUCGCUGCCCACGUGAGACAGGCACUUGGUCUGCCUGACACAGGCAAGCUGGAGAACCUGACCAAACACGCGCACCGGUACGCCAUGUACAAAGUGGGGCCUGUCAUAUCUGUCAGCCACGGGAUCGGAAUACCAUCUUUAAGCAUCCUCCUUCAGGAGAUGUUCAAAUUGCUCCACUACGCGCGCGCGAAGGACCCAGUGUUCUUCAGGAUAGGGACCAGUGGGGGUCUUGGAGUGCCCCCAGGGUCGGUGGUUGUGUCUUCGUGGGGCCUGAAUGGGACGUUGGAGAAAAGUUACAAUAUUCCUGUGCUGGGCAAGGUGCGUAAACUGCCCUCAUUCUUCGACGAGCGGCUGUGCCGGGAGGUGCAGUCAGUGGCUACGAAUGAGGGCUACACCACCUAUAUUGGAGGCACCAUGGCCGCCGAUGAUUUCUAUCGAGGUCAAGCUCGACUUGACGGACCAUUCUGCGACCAUACAGAAGCGGACAAAGUGUCCUUCCUACGCACCCUCUUAGACCUAGGUGUGAAGAAUAUAGAAAUGGAGGCCACAGCCUUCGCCGCGUAUACCAGGGAGGCAGGCGUGCGAGCAGCUGACGUAUGUGUCACCAUUCUAGACCGACUACAGGGCGACCAGGUGACAUCAAGCAAAGCCACAAUGCUGGAGUGGCAGAGCCGUCCUAUAGCCCUGGUGGGGAGUUUCAUCGCCAGCUGCUGCAACCGCCGGGCUUAGUUAUUGUUAAGACUUAAAAAUUGAUAUAAAAAUGUAAUCCCGCGGUGGCAGCAUGGCUCCAUUUUUAUUACUUGUCAGUAUACCCGUCACUUUCGCGCUUACAUACUUGUUAGAACGUGACAGGCAUGGUGAGAAAUGAUAAAGAGCUGAUCAUCUUAGCCGUAGGGCUGAACUAUAAAUAAUAAAUAAAAUAACUAAUUAUCUCUUAAAAUAUGUUUUUGUAUUUAUCUAAAGAUGUCUGAGUACGAAAAAGGUAACAGAUUCAAGUAUUAUUAAAUAAAAUAGGUAUUCUUUAUACUUAACUAGGCAACUAAGGCCCCAGAUAACUAUUAAUAUAAAUCUAGCUAACAUCCUGUGUAUACCCUAUCUUACGCAAAUAAAUUAGUUAUGACUUAUGACUUAGUAUACUUACAUUAUGACUCUGGCGACAUCAUAACACAGUUGCAUCAACAGUAUCUCUUCUAGCACGACGUACAUUCUGGCGCGCGACUCCAUAAUUAAAGCCGCGCUAGAUGUAUGGAGUCAUGGAGUCGCGCGCGAGAACGCAAGUCAUUCUAGAGGGUCUGGGAUGGGAUGGGAUUGGCCUGGCUUCAUUGGUGUUUAGGUUGGCCAGAAUGCUGCAUUAAGUACCUUAUGUACCUAUUGUUUACCACCGCAUAAGUUAAGCAGCAAAAGCACUUACAAAUCAUAAAACGGUCUUAGACAUUCGUCAGAACGUAAUGACAUUUCCAUGAGUUCACCUGAUGGAUCCCCUAGGGGAUCAGGCUAGGGGACUCUGGUAGACGGAAUGUCUAUCUCUGACCAGUGAUGGAAACUUCCAAAAGUUCACAUAUCUAUCUCUUCACACAUGAUAAUGUCAAAAUCUGUCACAGUUAAGGUUAAAAAAAAAUUAUACCGGAGGAUAUGAGGAAUGGGAAGAUUUAUACCGAUUUAUACUACAGAAUAAACUUGUGUUUCUUUGAA